GACCCGAAUUGAGGGUAAGCCCGAAUGCGGCAGGGUAGAGUCGGAUCGGGUCCAAAUUGCAAAAUUUCGCUUAACAUUCCAUUUCCACAUUCAAAUUAACAGAAAUCUCCAUUAAACUCUCACUCACUUUCCCCAAAUCUUGUACAUACAAACAGACACACACACAUAUAUAUAGCUUAUUAAUCCGAUGUCUGCAUCGACAGUUUCAAUUACCGCAAAUCCCACCACCUCGCGACGUCGUCCGAUCGUCACUACCGACAUGAAAUCCGGCUUAGAUUUGCUCGGCACCGACGCUUCUCCGAUCUCCGGCGGCGUGGAAACGGGCCCCACUCGAGACUCGAGCCAGUCAAUUGAACGAUCAAGAAGAGAAGCAGUAGUUCAAGUGAAGAAAUCAAUUGCCCCCAAUUCGGGUACUACUUCGAAACCUUAUAGGAGUCAUCGUAAAUCGAUAUCGAAACCCAAAUGGCAAACUGUGGUCAGUGUGUUUACUAAGAAUUUGGUGCUUUUGCUUUUGCUUGCGGGGUUAGUUCAGAUGGUUAGGAAGGUUUAUUUGAAUAGUGUGGUUGAUGAUGUGGGGUUUGUGAGUGGGGGGUUUUCGGAUAAUGUCGAUGGGAAGAUUUCGGAAAUUCAGGUUUUUGUGAGUAAGAGUUUGAGGGGUAUGCAGUUGCAAGUUGAGGUUUUGGAUAGGAAGGUUAAGGAGGUUGAGGACAAGAAUGUUGAGCUAGGAGGUGAAUUAGGGAAGUUGGGGGGGAAAGUCGAUGUGGUGAGCGAUAGGAUGGGGAGUUUGGAGAGGUAUUUGAAUGGGAAUGAGUGGUUGUCGAAAGGGGAGUUUGAUAGGUUGUUGGAGGAGUUUGAGGGGAGAGCUGGGAGUGAUGGCAAAGGGGGUUUGGAUGAGGUUAUGGCGGUUGCAAGAGAAAUGGUUGGGAAGGAGAUUGAGAAACAUGCUGCUGAUGGGCUUGGGAGGGUGGAUUAUGCACUGGCAUCUGGUGGGGCAUAUGUCGUGAAGCAUUCUGAGGUGUAUGGUGGGAUUAAAGGUGGGUUUCCAUUUCCAGGGAUUAGUGGUAGAGCUGGGGUUCAUGCUAAUUCGGGGAAGAUGUUGAGACCUAGUUUUGGCGAGCCAGGUGAUUGUUUUGCUUUGAAAGGGAGUAGUGGUUUUGUGCAGAUUAAGCUCAGGACAGCUAUUGUUCCCGAGGCAAUUACGUUAGAACAUGUUGCCAAGAGUGUUGCUUACGAUAGGUCCAGUGCUCCCAAGGACUGUAGAGUGUCUGGAUGGUUCAAAGGACAAGAAACUACUGAUCUAACACGUAAUGCUGAGAAAAUGUUUUCCCUGGCCGAAUUUACCUAUGACCUUGAGAAGAGCAAUGCUCAGACUUUUGGUAUAUCAGACUCCUCAGGCGUUGGCGUGAUUGACAUGAUAAGGCUCGACUUCACAUCAAACCAUGGAAGUGCUUCACAUACAUGCAUAUAUCGUUUUAGGGUGCAUGGCCAUGAACCUGAUUCCAUUGUCCCUCUAGCAAUUCAGUCUUGAGGUUGAUUUCCUCGUUUUAGACCCUUGCCUGUUCUCCCUAUCUCUCUUCUUUUUUAUCUUCUAGUUUCAUCUUGGGAGGCUUAACUGUUGAGACACCAAGCUUAAAGUUCAGUUUGUAUUCAUUUGUUGUUUCUUCCAUGCAAUCGUAAGUUCCAGACUAUUUACAACUGUAAAGUAGUACUACAUUUUGUUGCGAAGUUGCAGUAAUUUUUGUGUACUUGUGGCACUGUUUGCGGUGCUUGCACUGCUCUCUGGAUAUAAAUCAAUGUUUUAAUUUACA